UAAAGUCUUAAAUGGCGUCGGAUCGCACCCGUGUUAUAAAAGGGCAUGUGCGUUGAGGUUCUAUAGAAACCCUCAGAACCCCCCUUUUACCCAAGAUGUCCAACGAGAGCAAGCCCCGUGUUGUGGUACUCGGUGCCACUGGCAGAACCGGUACCAGUGUCGUCAAUGGCCUGUUGAAGUUUGGAAACUUCCGUGUCGCCGUGGUUGUGCGUUCGGCGACCAAGCCAGCCGUGGUCGACUUCCAGGAGCGCGGUGCGGAAGUGCUCGUGCACCCCGACCUGUCCAAGGCCUCGCAUGACGAGCUGGUCACUCUUCUCAAGGGCACUGAUAUCUUGGUAUCCGCGAUUACUGCCUACCUCCUCGAGUCUCAGCGCCCUAUAUUCGCGGCGGCGAAGGAUGCUGGCGUCAAGCGCGUCGUUCCCUGCGAUUGGUCAUCGCACGCGCCUCCUGGCGCAAUGCUCCUGCAGGACAUGAAAUACGAUAUCCAUAAGUACAUUCGUGAACUCGGCAUCGGCUACACCAUCAUCGAGGUCGGCAUUUGGCUACAGGCCCUUCUCCCCUACCCGCCUAAAUACGCCGGCCAGUCCGGCAUCGUCAAGCUCUCGCACACUUUCCACGAACCGGGCAACGUCCCCACCGCCGGCACCGACAUCAACAACAUCGGCGAAUGGGUCGCGUUGAUCCUGGCCGACCCGCGCACGCUGAACCAGACCGUGUUCGUCUGGGAAAACCAGGCGACGCAGAAGGAGCUUUACAAGCUGGCAGCAGCGAAGGGUGUGGACGUCGAGGAGUUGGACAAGGUGGUCACCAAGACCACCGACGCCAAGCUCAAAGCCGAGAUCGACGAAAGCAUCAAGGCCGGGAAGGAAGGCUUCGUGCCACGCGUGAUGGGCGAAUACGCCUACAGCAUGUGGUACCGCGGCGACAACACGGUGGAGAGCGCAGUGCGGGACGGUGCGCUCGACGCGCGGAAGCUCUACCCCGACCACCCGGUGAAGAGCCUCGCCGAGUUCGCGCAGAACUGGUACCCGAACUUCUUGGUGCCGGCCUAGGGGAAUGGUUGGGUAGCAGAAUCGAGCAUGGUACAAAACCCGGGUGCAGCGCUUGCUCUCGAAAUGCGGGAGUGUCAUGCGUAACGACUAUGACGACGACAUCAUCAUCAACGUCUGCAUAUCCGGUAUACACCCCUUCUCCCUCGUCAGGUAGUCGACGAUAUCCCGCGCGU